AUGGAGACAGUACUCAAGAACGACAAUUCCCACGGCCGGGAAGCGGCUAUCAUGCAAGAGAACAGCAAUGCGGGGAGUAGUUCGAAUGGGGGAUUUCAACAUGAUAUAAUCUGUGUUGGGUUCGGGCCUGCAGCCCUCGCCAUAGCAAUUGCUAUGCGGGACCGCGGGAUUGAGCGUCGCGUGCUAUUCUUGGAGAGGCAACCAGAAUUUGGCUGGCACACGGGCAUGUUACUUCCCGGGAGCAAAAUGCAAAUUUCGUUUAUCAAAGACCUAGCUACUCUACGAAACCCCCGCUCUCACUUCACCUUCCUCAACUACUUACACCAGAAGGACCGUCUCAUCCAUUUCACGAACCUCUCUACCCAUUUGCCUUUCCGCGAAGAGUUCAAUGACUACAUGAAAUGGUGCGCGUCCCAUUUUAACGAUUGGGUCCAGUAUAAUCAAGAGGUAGUCAGUGUUACUGCUGUCGCAGCGACGCCCGGCUGGCCUGCCGAAUAUUUCAAACUGAUGGCCCGUGAUGUUCGUUCCGGGAAGCUUCGAGAGCUGGCUGCCAAGCACGUCAUUGUGGCGAGUGGAGGGGAACAAGCAAUUCCGCCGGGACUUUCUACGCAACCCCUACCCAAAACUGUUAUCCAUUCCUCUAUCUAUCUAUAUUCUGUACAAAAGCUUCUCCAAGAAAGAAAUGGUUCUUACCGUUUUGCCGUCGUUGGUGGGGGCCAGAGCGCAGUGGAAAUUUCCGAGGACAUACAAUCGAGAUAUCCCAAUUCUAAAGUCACCCUCAUUACGAAAGCUUCGGCACUAAAGCCCAGCGAUGACAGCCCAUUUGUCAAUGAAAUUUUCGACCCACGCAGUGUCGAUAAGUUUUAUUCUUUAAACCACUCAGCACGUCAACAGUCUCUUCUCGAGAACAAGGCAACCAACUACGGUGUUGUCCGACUGCCACUUCUAGAAUCAGUAUAUGGCAAGUUAUAUCGCCAGAAAGUCCUGGAUCCCAACCCUUCUAAUUGGCCACUUCGCCUGGUUACCAGCCGCGAGGUUGUGGGCUUGGAGGAAUUGCCAAACAAUCAGGUAGAGCUUCGGCUCAAGGACACACAAUCUGGGCAGGUCGAAUCCUCGGGCGAGGUAUAUGACUUAGUGGUUCUUGCUACGGGAUAUAAACGUAACCCAAUUGCUACGAUGCUCAAACCCUUGGUACAAAUUGUUGAGGCUCCAGCAAAUGGAGACAAAUUCCAAACAGAUCGGGACUAUCGGUUACGGUUUCACCAAGGAAAAAUCAAACGUGAUGCUGGUAUCUGGCUCCAGGGGUGUUGUGAAAGCAGCCAUGGUUUGAGCGACAGUCUUCUAUCAAUCCUUGCGGUACGCAGCAGCGAACUGCUUGAUUCUAUACUUGCUUGCAGUAAACGAGGUGCAGAUUACGCACGGCUUUAG